UUAACUAAAACAUUUCAGUAUUAAAAUCACGUUAGGGUAGCUUAGUUUGAGCUCUGUAAUACACGUCACCUCCAUUUUGCCUUCCAAGGGAGAAGAUGGCACCUAAGCUGGAUCAGAAGGAAAUAUUGAGUCGUGCAGAAGAUGUUGCAGACGAAAUAUUGCGAUACAGUAAACAUUUUUUACCUCACAUAGCCAGAUUAUGUUUAGUAAGCACAUUUAUUGAAGAUGGAAUACGAAUGUGGUUUCAGUGGGGAGAUCAGCGAGACUAUAUGAACCUUACUUGGCAUGUCGGGUGGUUUCUCUCUACGCUUUUUGUAAUAUAUAAUCUUUUCGGCCAGCUUGGUGGAUCCGUCAUGGUGAUGUUUCGUAUUCGUGUAGAAGCGGCUUGCGGCUUGUUGUUUUCCAUUGUUGUAAUACAAUCUAUUGCAUACAACAUCCUGUGGGAUAUGCAGUUUCUUUUGAGGAAUUUGUCACUUGUAGGUGCACUUUUACUACUGUUGGCCGAAAGCAGAGUGGAAGGAAAAAGUCUGUUUGCCGGCGUACCGACUCUUGGCGAUAACAAACCCAAAAAUUAUUUACAGUUAACCGGAAGAAUAUUGUUGGUUUUCAUGUUCAUGACAGUCCUCCGACUAGAAGUAUCUUUCCUGCAAGUCAUUCAGAAUAUAGUCGGCUCCGCUCUGAUGGUUUUGGUCACGGUAGGAUACAAGACCAAAUUAUCUGCACUCGUCCUCGUUCUCUGGUUGUCCCUUCUCAAUCUAUAUUUAAAUGCUUGGUGGACAAUACCUUCCUACAAGCCAAUGAGAGACUUCUUGAAAUACGACUUUUUCCAAACGCUAUCCGUUAUCGGAGGAUUGCUCAUGGUUGUAUCUUUAGGUCCGGGAGGCGUCAGUAUGGACGAACACAAAAAGAGGUGGUAGAUAGAAUUCCAAAAUUAUAAACCAUUUUACUUUUUAAUUUUGUAAUUUCUUUCCUGGGGCAAAUUUAUUCACAUCUUUCGUUCACAUUAUUAAAUUGAUGUAUACUUUAUUAUUACAAUUCUUAAAUUUUUUACAUAAUAAAAUUACUGCUUUGGGAGGUUAAAAUUAUUUGGCUCUAAUCAUUAAACUUUCAGUCAGUUACAUUCAAACUCUUGCCCGAAAGCGUGUCUUGGACGGUAGGCAUUGGCGUAAGGACUAGUCUCACGACUGCAUUCCGUAUUCUAUGUAUUUUUUUUCUAAUUAAAAAAAAAUUAUAUUUUAUCGAGUAAUGUACCGCUGACUUUAAUUAUUUUUUAUGUCCAUAUAGCUAUAACAUUUAGUAAUUUUUGCUGCCAACUUUACCACAAGAAUGUUUGUUUCAAAUGUGAGAUUUGUUGUAUUAUUAUUAUUUUAUUUUAUUUUUUUUGAAAGAAAAAAAUAAAAUCACUAAUGUGAAACUGAAAA